GCGCGCGCGCGGCCUGGAACUACAAAUCCCAGCGCCCCCCGCGGCCUGGCCGGAAGUGCGCUCCGGCCGCGGCGUCGGUGAGGGCGGUGGCCGGGCGGCGGGAGAUUCAAACCUGGAAAGAGGAGGAACAUGGAGCGGCGGAGAGCGGGCGCGGGCCCGGCGCCGUAUGAACGCCUCACAGCCGAGGAAAUGGACGAGCAGAGGCGGCAGAACGUGGCUUAUCAGUACCUGUGCCGGCUGGAGGAAGCCAAGCGCUGGAUGGAGGCCUGCCUGAAGGAGGAGCUUCCUCCCCCCGUGGAGCUGGAGGAGAGCCUCCGGAACGGGGUGCUGCUGGCCAAGCUGGGCCACUGUUUUGCACCCGCCGUGGUCCCCUUGAAGAAGAUCUAUGAUGCGGAGCAGCUGCGGUACCAGGCAACUGGCUUGCAUUUCCGCCACACAGACAACAUCAACUUCUGGCUGUCGGCCAUAGCCCACAUCGGCCUGCCUUCGACCUUCUUCCCGGAGACCACAGACAUCUACGACAAGAAGAACAUGCCCCGGGUGGUCUACUGCAUCCAUGCCCUCAGUCUCUUCCUCUUCCGGCUGGGACUGGCCCCUCAGAUACAUGAUCUCUACGGGAAAGUGAAAUUCUCAGCCGAGGAACUUAGCAACAUGGCCUCUGAACUGGCCAAAUACGGCCUCCAGCUGCCGGCCUUCAGCAAGAUCGGGGGCAUUCUGGCCAAUGAGCUGUCGGUGGAUGAAGCCGCAGUCCACGCGGCGGUCCUCGCCAUCAAUGAGGCGGUGGAGCGAGGGGUGGUCGAGGACACCCUGGCUGCCUUGCGGAAUCCCAGCGCUCUGCUGGAGAAUCUUCGAGAGCCUCUGGCAGCCAUCUACCAGGAGCUGCUGGCCCAGGCCAAGGCAGAGAAGACUGCCAGCGCCCAGACCCGAGAUGGUGGAGAAAGCUGGGACAUAUAUGACUGCUACCUGACUCAGGCUGAAAUCCAGGGGCACAUCAACCACGUCAACGUCCAUGGGGCUCUAGAAGUUGUUGAUGAUGCCCUGGAGAGACAGAGCCCUGGGGCCUUGCUCGAGGCCCUUCAUGACCCUGCCCUGGCCCUGCGCGGAGUGAGGAGAGACUUUGCUGACUGGUACCUGGAACAGCUGAGCUCAGACAGAGAACAGAAGGCACAGGAGUUGGGCCUGGUGGAUCUUCUGGAAAAGGAGGAGGUCCAAGCUGGUGUGGCUGCAGCCAACGUGAAGGGUUAUCAGGAGAAAGCCAUGCUCCAGGCCGUGUGCAGGAUCAACGGAGCCAUCCGGAGGGGAGUGGCGGCUGACACGGUGGCGGAGCUGAUGUGCCCAGAAGCCCGGCUGCCUCCAGUGUGCCCCCGCGCCCCGGCUGUGUACCAGCAGGAGCUGGCAGUGCUCCAGCAGCAGCAGGGAGGGGAGCUCGGCCACGAGGAGCUCUUUGUGGCCGUGGAGAUGCUGUCAGCCGUGGUCCUGAUUGACCAGGCCCUGGAGGCCAGGGAUGUCGGCGGCUUCUGGAGCAGUCUGAUGAACCCCGCCACGGGCCUGGCCGAGGUGCAAGGAGAGAACGCUCAGCGUUACUUUGAUGCGCUGGUGAUGCUGCGGCAGGGGCGUGCGCCAGACGGCGUCUUGAGCUGGAAUGACCUGCAGGCCACCGUGAACCAGGUCAACGCUCAGGUGCAGGAAGAAACCGAUCAGGUGCUGGCGGUCAGCCUCAUCAACGAGGCUGUGGACCAGGGCAGCCCCGAGAAGACCCUGUCGGCCCUCCUGCUCCCCUCGGCUGGCCUGGACGACGUCCACCUGCCUGUGGCCCCUCGGUACCAUUUCCUCCUUGUGGCGGCCAAAAGGCAGAAGGCCCAGGCAACGGGGGACCCCGGAGCGGUGCUGUGGCUGGAAGAGAUCCGCCGGGAGGUGGUUCGAGCCAACCAGGACACGAACGCCGCACAGCAGAUGGCUCUCGGUGUGGCCGCCAUCAACCAGGCCAUCAAGGAGGGCAAGGCGGCCCAGACAGAGCGGGUGUUAAGGAACCCCUCCGUGGCCCUCCGAGGGGUGGUUCCCAACUGCGCCGACAGCUACCAGCGAGUCCUGGAAGGAGCCAUGGCAAAGAAGCGGUGCCCAGGGGACGCGGCUCUCUGGGUCCAACACGACAUGAAGGAUGGCUCCGCCUACUACUUGCACCUGCAGACCUUCCGGGGAACUUGGGAGCCGCCCACCGGCUGCCGCCUGAACACGUCCCACCUGACUCGGGAGGAGAUCCAGUCCGCCAUCACCAAGGUCACGGCUGCCCAUGACCGCCAACAGCUCUGGAAGGCCAACGUCGGCUUAGUCAUCCAGCUCCAGGCCCGCAUGCGCGGCUUCCUGGUUCGGCAGAAGUUCGCUGAGCGCUCCCGCUUUCUGAGGACCUGGCUGCCGGCGGUCAUCAAGAUCCAGGCUCACUGGCGGGGUUACAGGCAGCGGAAGACCUACCUGGGACGGCUGCAGUAUUUAAAAGCAAACUCGGACGCCGUAAUCAAGAUCCAGGCCUGGGUCCGGAUGUGGGCAGCUCGGAGGCGGUACCGGAGGCGUCUGGGAUACUUCCAGAAGAAUGUUAACUCCAUUGUGAAGAUCCAGGCGUUUUUCCGAGCCCGGAAAGCCCGGGAUGACUACAGAAUGUUAGUGCACGUGCCCCAUCCCCCUCUCAGCGUGGUGUGCAGAUUUGCCCACCUCUUGAAUCAAAGCCAGGAGGACUUCCUGGCCGAGGCAGAGCUGCUGAAGCUUCAGGAAGAGGCGGUCAGGAAGAUCCGGUCCAACCAGCGGCUGCAGCAGGACCUCAACCUCAUGGACAUCAAGAUCGGCCUGCUGGUGAAGAACCAGAUCACCCUGCAGGAGGUGAUCUCCCACUGCAAGAAGCUGACCAAUAAGAACAAAGAACAGCUGUCGGGUCUGAUGGUUCUGGACCAGCAGAAGGGCCUGAAGUCGCUGAGCAAAGAGAAAAGGCAGAAACUAGAGGCUUACCAGCACCUCCUGUACCUGCUCCAGACUCAGCCUCUCUACCUGGCCAAGCUGAUCCUUCGCGUGCCACAGAACAGAACCACCAAGUUCAUGGAGUCCGUGAUUUUCAGCCUGUACAACUAUGCCUCCAACCGCCGCGAGGCCUACCUCCUGCUCCAGCUCUUCAAGACAGCGCUCCAGGAGGAGAUCAGGUCAAAGGUGGAGCAGCCCCAGGACAUGGUGACAGGCAACCCCGCGAUAGUGGGGCUCGUGGUGAGGUUCUACCGCAAUGGGCGGGGCCAGAGCGCCCUGCGCGAGAUCCUGGGCAGAGUCGUCCAGGACGUGCUGGAGGACAAGACGCUGAGUGUCCACAUCGACCCCAUUCACCUCUACAAGAGCUGGAUCAACCAGAGCGAGGCCCAGACCGGCCAGCGCAGCCACCUCCCCUAUGACGUCACUCCAGAGCAGGCCUUGAGCCACCCCGAGGUCCAGAGACGGCUGGACAUCUCCCUCCGCAGCCUCCUCGCCGUGACGGACAAGUUCCUUGCAGCCAUCAUCUCCUCUGUGGACCAGAUUCCGUACGGGAUGCGGUACGUUGCUAAGGUCCUGAAGACAACCCUGGCGGAGAAGUUCCCCGACGCCCCAGAGAACGAGGUCUACAAGGUGGUAGGGAACCUCCUGUACUACCGCUUCCUGAACCCGGCCAUCGUGGCCCCUGACGCCUUCGACGUCGUGGCCGUGGCGGCGGGCGGUGCCCUGGCCGCCCCCCAGCGCCACGCGCUCGGGGCCGUGGCCCAAGUCCUGCAGCAGGCCGCUGCCGGCAAGGCCUUCCGCGGGGAGAGCCGACACCUGCGGGUCUUGAACGACUACCUGGAGGAGACGCACCUCAAGUUCAGGUCUCCGUCCCGGCACCCUGUCCCUCCUGUCCCCUUCUCUUGCUCUCGUCCUCUGCUGUGCCCCCCCCCCCCCCGGGCCAUGGGGGAAGCGCGGCACGGCCCCGGGCGCGGCGGUCAGGGAGCCCGAGCGUGGGUCGUUGGAAGCAUCGCCCGGCGGAGACAAAGGAGGGCCGUCCAGGGCAGUGGGCUUGAGGGGACACCGGGAGGGGGGCCGGGCGGCCCCGCGGGGGCGCACAGAGCAGGUGGGGGUGCCGCGCGCCCUCUCCCACACCCUUCCUCCGGAGACAGGAGGUUCGUCUGCCGAGCCUGCCGGGUGCCGGAGCCGGAAGAGCGCUUUGCGAUGGACGAGUACUCGGACAUGGUGGCUGUGGCCAAACCCGUGGUGUACAUCACCGUGGGGGAGCUCGUCAACACGCACAGGCUGUUGCUGGAACACCAGGACUCGGUCGCCCCCGAUCGCUGCGACCCCCUGCACGAGCUCCUGGAGGACCUGGGGGAGCUGCCCACCAUCCCUGACCUCAUCGGGGAGGGCGUGGCCGCGGACAGGAGCCUGGACCCGAGCAAGCUGGAGGUGUCCCUGACGCUCGCCAACAAGUUUGAAGGGCUGGAGACGGACCCCGGCGAUGCCAGUGCCCGGAGCCUGCUUCUGAGCACCAAGCAGAUGCUGGUGGACAUCAUGCAGUUCCAGCCUGGGGACUCCCUCGAGGAGAUGCUGUCCCUCCCGGCGUCUAGAGAGCAGGAAGCGGCCCACGAGCGGCUGACGAGCUGGCGCCGGGCCCGUGAGAGCCAGACCCCGGAGCCCCUGCGACGGCACCGCUCGCUGACCGCGCACUCCCUCCUGCCGCUGGCGGACAAGCGUCGGCGCGUCCUGCGGAACCUGCGCCGGCUGGAGGGCCUGGGGCUGGUCAGCGCCAGCGACGGCUACCAGGGGCUGGUGGACGAACUGGCCAAGGACAUCCGCAACCAGCGCCGUUGCCGGCAGAGGCGGAAGGCAGAGCUGGUGAGGCUGGGGGCCACGCUCCGCGGCCUGGACAGUAAGGCCACCUUCUUCGAGGAGCAGGGCGACUACUACAGCCAGUACAUCCGGGCCUGCCUGGACCAGCUGGCCCCCCGCCCCAAGAGCUCCGGGAAAGGGAAGAAGCCGUCGCUCCGUUACACUGCUGCCCAGCUCCUGGACAAGGGGGUCCUGCUGGAGAUUGAGGGCCUUCCCACCUCUCACUUCAGAAAUGUGAUCUUUGACAUCAGCCCUGGAGACGAGGCAGGGAAGUUCGAAGUCAAUGCCCGGUUCCUGGGUGUGGACGUGGAGCGGUUCCAGCUUCACUACCAGGACCUCCUGCAGCUCCAGUACGAAGGUGUAGCUGUUAUGAAGCUCUUCAACAAGGCCAAGGUCAACGUCAACCUUCUCAUCUUCCUCCUCAACAAGAAACUGCUGCGGAAGUGACGGAGGCAGGGGCCGCUCCGCGAGCCCCUCUUCCCUGCCAGGUUGCGGGGUCUCAACACUAACACUAGCUCACAGCCCUGCGGACGCCCAGGGCUCAGGGCUGGGCCGAGCUCCGGGAGCAUCACCCCCCCCCCCCCCGCCCCC